UGAGAUAAAAUUACUGCGCAGAUUAGUGCACCGUUGACGCUCGCGAGCACUAUGCAUGUGGCGCGGCGCGCGGAACAUCUUUACUGCGGUGUUUACAAUGUGCAGUUUGCCUGGUGAUUCCGUUAGCUUUUGGGGCAUUAUUGAGAAAAGUAGUGCAUAUUAGCUUACUCCAAUGAAAACUAGCAGGCUGAAUGACUUUGCUUUCUCAAGAGAAGUCACAAUUAAAAUCUAAGAGCAGGACGCACAUGUUUUACACAACUGAAAACACUGGACCAGUUACCCGAAGCCGCUGCACUCCGGAUAAAAGAUGACUGAUGCAUGCUCGGAGCCAGCUGGAGCCAUCAAGGCCAUUGACCGACACUCUGUGCAUCAGAUCUGCUCAGGACAAGUGGUGCUGAGUCUGGCAACUGCUGUCAAAGAGCUGGUGGAGAACAGCAUCGAUGCAGGGGCCACCAAUGUUGAUGUCAAGCUGAAGGAUUGUGGGGCUGAUCUAGUGGAAGUGUCUGACAAUGGCAAAGGGGUCGAAGAAGCCAACUUUGAAGGACUGACACUGAAACAUCACACAUCAAAGUUAAGGGAUUUCUCCGAUCUAAUCCAUGUGGAAACAUUUGGAUUCAGAGGUGAAGCCCUUAGCUCUUUAUGUGCUCUGAGUGACCUGAGUGUGGUGACAUGCCAUGAGUCAGCCCAAGUGGGGACCAAACUUGUGUUUGACCACAACGGCCACUUGGUGCAGCGAUCGCCUCAUCCCCGGCAGCAGGGCACCACAGUCAGCUUGCAGCAGCUCUUCUACACCCUGCCUGUCCGACACAAGGAGUUCCAGCGCAACAUUAAAAAGGAGUACACCAAAAUGAUACAUGUGCUCCAGUCCUACUGUAUCAUUUCUACUGGAGUACGUAUUACUUGCUCCAACCAGACCGGGCAAGGAAAACGCAGCCCAGUGCUCAACACAAGCGGCAGCCAGAGUAUGAGGGACAACAUAGGCGCCAUAUUUGGACCCAAACAGCUACAAACCCUGCUACCUUUUCAGCAACUGUCCCCCUCAGAAAAUAUUAUGGAGGACUACGGACUCAAGGGUGCCGAACUACCCCAAAACCUCUUUACUGUCACUGGAUUUGUGUCACAAGCAGACCACGGUGUUGGAAGAAGCGCCACAGAUAGGCAGUUCUUUUUCAUCAACAACCGACCAUGCGACCCCCUUAAGGUGACCAAACUUGUAAAUGAAGUAUAUCACAUGUACAACAGACAUCAGUAUCCAUUUGUCGCAUUGAACAUAGCUGUUGCCUCAGAGUGUGUGGAUGUGAACGUGACUCCAGACAAACGCCAGAUUUUUCUCCAGGAGGAAAAACUCCUGCUGGCUCUCCUGAAGACUUCUCUCAUCUCCAUGUAUGAGGCUGGGGUGAAUAAGAUCAGCAUCAACUACACUCCCAGCAUCAUUGCCCACAAAUCUGCAGAGCCAAAGCCUGAAGCUGAACCAUGUCAGGUGGCCCCAUCUACUGAGCGCAUCCUAGAGGCUGGAGACGACACUAUACCAGUAAUUCGAAGCCCCAAGUCGUCACUAAACCUGGGUGGGCUAAAAGCUGCUUUCUCAAACUAUCACACCACUGGAACUGGGACCAAGUCGGGUGCUUCAAUAUCAGCUAACAGUGGACCAACACAGAAAACGCUACAGUCUUUCUUCAAGGGCUCAGAAAAGACUCCCACCCACAGACCAAGUUCACAAUCUCCUUUGAAACCUACAAGAGAUAUAGCUAAGUGCUCUCCAAUGGGACGGUCAAUAUUAGAUGGGUUCAGAUAUGGAAGGACACCGGGCAGUGAUAUAGACUCUGGGAAAGAUAGCACAUUAUCUGAUUGUGAUUCCACUACAGCAACACCUGAUAGUUUGUGUUGUGGGUCAGAGUUUAACUCUCCUGAACAGGUGAUUGAACCACCCAGUAUUAAAAGUGAGACAUUUGAAGAGUCUUCAGAUAAGAUUCAUGUUGUUGCUGAACACCCAGAGCCACAGACUGAACCGUUUACUUCCACUGAGGACUGCUCCUUGAGUCCAGACGCCAAGAGACCAAGGAAAGAGAAGUCUGAUUUCCCCACUGAGCACAAAUCAACCUCUCCUCCAACCUUUUCUGAGGGAUCCUCCAUCUCAAAGGUGGAUGCUCCAGUUUGCAUACAGAAGAGGACAGUCCCUCUAAAGUUCUCAUUGCAGGAGCUGGCAGGGAGGGUGAGGAGGUUGCAGGACCAGCAGAAACAGAAGGCCGAAGAUGGGCUGCAGUACAGACGCUUCAGGGCCAAGAUCAACCCUGGAGAAAACCAGAGUGCAGAGGAUGAGCUGAAGAAGGAGAUCAGUAAAGACAUGUUCAAAGAGAUGGAGAUCAUCGGCCAGUUUAACCUGGGUUUCAUUAUCACCAAACUGAACUCUGACAUCUUCAUGAUUGACCAGCAUGCCACCGAUGAGAAAUACAACUUUGAGAUGCUGCAGCAGCACACUGUGCUCCAAGGACAGAAACUCAUAGUCCCUCAGAAACUCCACCUCACUGCGGUUAAUGAGAAUGUGCUCAUGGAAAACAUUGAGAUUUUCAGAAAGAAUGGUUUUGAAUUCCUUAUUGAUGAAGAUGCCCAGGUGAUGGAGCGGGUGAAGCUGGUAUCUUUACCCACCAGUAAGAACUGGACAUUCGGCCAAGCAGACAUCGAGGAGCUCAUCUUCAUGUUGAGUGACAGCCCGGGGGUCAUGUGCCGACCAUCUCGCGUCAGACAAAUGUUUGCGUCGAGGGCUUGUCGGAAAUCUGUGAUGAUUGGCACCGCUCUGAGCACCACUGAGAUGAAGAAGCUUGUGGUUCACAUGGGUGAGAUCGAACAUCCGUGGAACUGUCCUCAUGGAAGACCCACCAUGAGACACCUGGCCAACCUGGACAUUAUCUCACAGGACUGAGGAGCCAAAGGAACCGUCUGAAAGCGUCCCACUCAUAGAGAUCGAUAUGCAAUGCUUACACUACACUUGGAUGAGAAUAAUUUGACUGUGCUGAGAUUUUUCCCAUUGAACCUCACCUUUGCUGGUGGUUUCAUUUACAUAAGUCUUAUUUUGACUGCUUGUUGCUGAAAUUGUUUUGUUGUUCUUUGAACCUGCAGUGUUAUUGUCACUGUGUAUGAUACUCAGAUUAUGGUAUUAAAGUUUUAUAUUUUUACACUGUG